AACCCUCCCUUUCCUGAAUUCCCCCUCCUCCUCGCUCACCUUAAAACCAUCGUGCAUCACCAUGGCGAGUUGCUCCUUCACUCGCGACCAAGCGACAAGAAGACUAAGAGGUGCAGCAGCGGCAGCAGCGGCAGCUCUAGCAGCAGUGGUGACAACCCCGCUUCUUUCCUCGGGAACCCCGACCGCACUCAUUGGGACCGGGUCGUCUUGUCCGGGAGCCAUGUGGCUCUCCACGGCCACUGGCUCCCGGUCAGACUCCGAGUCCGAGGAGGAGGACCUCCCCGUCGGGGAGGAAGUCUGCAAACGCGGCUACCUGCGGAAACAGAAGCAUGGGCACAGGCGCUACUUCGUGCUCAAACUCGAGACUGCUGACGCCCCAGCUCGCCUGGAAUACUACGAAAAUGCCAGGAAGUUCCGGCACAGUGUCCGCGCCGCGGCGGCUGCAGCAGCGGCGGCCGCCUCUGGCGCCGCGAUCCCCCGGCUCAUUCCACCGCGGCGCGUGAUCACCCUAUACCAGUGCUUUUCCGUGAGCCAGCGAGCAGAUGCAAGGUACCGACACCUCAUUGCCCUUUUCACCCAGGACGAGUACUUCGCGAUGGUGGCCGAGAAUGAGUCGGAGCAGGAAAGCUGGUACUUGCUGCUCAGCCGCCUCAUCCUCGAGAGCAAGCGCCGCCGCUGCGGCACGCUCGGCGCGCAGCCGGACGGAGAGCCGGCCGCGCUGGCGGCGGCAGCGGCGGCGGAGCCACCCUUCUAUAAAGAUGUGUGGCAGGUAAUAGUCAAACCCAGGGGGCUGGGGCACAGAAAAGAGCUGAGCGGCGUGUUCCGGCUGUGUCUAACCGACGAGGAGGUUGUGUUUGUGAGGCUGAACACCGAAGUGGCCAGCGUGGUCGUCCAGCUCCUGAGCAUCCGUCGCUGUGGACACUCAGAGCAGUAUUUCUUCUUGGAAGUAGGCAGGUCCACCGUCAUCGGUCCGGGAGAGCUCUGGAUGCAGGUCGAUGACUGUGUGGUUGCCCAAAACAUGCAUGAGCUGUUUUUGGAGAAGAUGAGAGCCCUGUGUGCAGACGAAUACAGAGCCCGCUGCCGCAGUUACAGCAUCAGCAUCGGCGCCCACCUGUUAACCCUGCUGUCCGCUAGGAGGCACCUGGGCUUGCUGCCGCUCGAGCCGGGAGGCUGGCUCAGAAGGUCCCGCUUUGAGCAGUUUUGCCACCUCAGGGCCAUCGGCGACGGGGAAGACGAGAUGCUUUUCACCAGGCGCUUCAUAACACCCAGCGAGCCUGUGCCGCACUCCAGGCGAGGAAGACUGCACCUGCCCAGAGGGCGCAGGUCAAGGAGAGCGAGUUCAGUGCCGGCCAGCUUUUUUCACCGUUUAGCACCCAGCCCAGCACGUCCCCCGCACCCUGCAGAAGCCCCGAACAAUGGAGCUUGCUUGUCUUCUGAAGUGUCUGGCUCUGGCUCUGGCAACUCUGGGGAGGAAGGCAAUCCCCAGGGCAAAGAAGAUCAGGAAGAAAGCGGAGGCGACUACAUGCCCAUGAACAAUUGGGGCUCAGGAAAUGGCCGGGGCUCAGGAGGUGGCCAGGGCUCAAGUGGCCAAGGCUCCAGUAGCCAUAGCUCGGGAGGAAACCAGUGCUCAGGCGAGGGACAGGGAUCCCGAGGUGGUCAGGGCUCAAGUGGUGGCCAGGGCUCAAAUGGCCAGGGCUCAGGAGGAAACCAGUGCUCUGGAGAUGGCCACGGCACCGCAGGUGGGCAAGGUUCAGGUGGUGGCCAGAGACCUGGAGGUGGGCAUGGCUCAGGUAGUGGCCAGGGACCUGGAGAUGGCCAUGGCUCAGGUGGUGGCAAGAACUCUGGAGGGGGCAAAGGCUCAGGAAGUGGGAAAGGAUCCGAUGCUGAUGGUGAACGUGGAAAAUCUCUGAAGAAAAGAUCCUAUUUUGGCAAAUUAACUCAAAGCAAGCAACAGCAAAUGCCAUCACCUCCACCACCUCCUCCUCCGCCCCCACCAGCUGGAGCAACUGGUGGAAAAGGGAAGUCUGGGGGAAGAUUCCGACUUUAUUUUUGUGCUGACAGAGGAGCCACAAAAGAGCGCAAAGAAGCCAAAGAAGUGAAAGAUGCAGAGAUCCCAGAAGGUGCAGCUCGAGGUCCCCACAGAGCCAGAGCUUUUGAUGAAGAUGAGGAUGACCCAUAUGUGCCAAUGAGGCCAGGGGUGGCUGCCCCUCUUGUAAGCUCCAGUGAUUAUAUGCCAAUGGCUCCUCAAAAUGUCUCUGCUUCAAAAAAGCGCCACUCUCGAUCCCCUUUUGAAGAUUCAAGAGGCUACAUGAUGAUGUUUCCCAGAGUGAGCCCACCACCUGCUCCCAGUCCUCCAAAAGCACCUGAUACUAAUAAAAAAGAUGACUCAAAGGACAAUGACAGUGAGAGUGACUACAUGUUUAUGGCUCCUGGAGCCGGUGCAAUUCCAAAAAACCCCAGAAAUCCUCAGGGUGGCUCUUCCUCCAAAAGUUGGAGCUCCUACUUCUCUCUACCAAACCCUUUUCAGAGCUCACCUUUGGGACAGAGUGACAACAGUGAGUAUGUGCCAAUGUUACCUGGAAAGUUCCUGGGGAGGGGCCUAGACAAAGAAGUCUCCUAUAACUGGGGCCCCAAAGAUGCAGCUUCAAAGCCUUCAGGUGAGGGAUCAUUCUCAAAGCCUGGAGAUGGGGGAUCACCUUCAAAGCCCUGGGAUGAUGGGUCCCCAAAGAAUAAGGCUAAGAGACCUAACCGACUUUCUUUUAUUACAAAAGAAUGUAAAAUCAAGCCAACACCACAAAAGCCCACACAUGAACAGAGAGAAGCUGACAGCUCUAGUGACUACGUCAACAUCGACUUCACUAAAAGAGAGAGCAAUACACCAGCUCCCUCUACUCAAGGACUACCAGGUUCGUGGGGCAUAAUUGCUGACCCCAGACAGUCAGCCUUUUCUAAUUAUGUGAAUGUUGAGUUUGGUGUACCAUUUCCAAAUCCAGCAAACGACUUCUCCGAUCUUUUCAGAGCUAUACCACAUGCCAACCCCUUAUCUCUGGACAGUGCUAGGUGGCCACUUCCUCCCCUUCCCCUCAGUGCUACAGGUAGCAAUGCUAAUGAGGAAGAGGGUGACUACAUUGAAGUAAUUUUCAACUCAGCAAUGACACCAGUUGUGCCUCUUGCUGACAGUGCCAUUCGCUACGAUGCUGAAACAGGUCGAAUCUAUGUGGUCGACCCAUUUUCUGAGUGCUGUAUGGAUAUUUCUCUCUCCCCCAGCCGAUGUUCUGAACCACCACCUGUAGCUAGGCUGCUGCAGGAGGAAGAGCCGGAGAGAAGACGCCCACAAAGCCGUUCUCAAAGUUUCUUUGCAGCAGCCAGAGCCGCUGUCUCUGCUUUUCCAACAGACAGCCUCGAGAGAGACCUCUCCCCAUCCUCUGCCCCGGCUGUUACUUCGGCUGCAGAGCCGACUUUAGCCGUCAGCCAAGUUGUAGCUGCGGCCUCCGCGCUCGCCGCAGCCCCGGGCAUCGGCGCAGCAGCCGCCGCUGCUGGAUUUGACUCCGCCUCUGCCCGCUGGUUUCAACCUGCUGCUAAUGCUGCUGAUGCCGAAGCAGUAAGGGGAGCCCAAGACGUUGCCGGUGGCUCGAACCCCGGAGCCCACAAUCCAUCUGCAAACCUUGCCAGAGGUGAGAACCAGGCUGGCGGGGCUGCUGCUGCAGCUGCCGCUCCCGAACCACCACCUCGCAGUCGCCGGGUGCCAAGACCCCCGGAGAGAGAAGAUUCUGACGACGACGACGACACUUACGUGAGAAUGAAUUUUACCAGACCUGAUAACCAGUUCGACUCUCCCAAAAGAGGUCGGUAAUUUUAGAAUUAAUUUCCCUAAAGAGAAUGGUCAUUGUCUAAUGAUUCGAUGCGCUACAGUCUACAGUGUUAGGGAUAAUAUUU